AGACACACGUUGUUAGGUUUAUGAAAUGACAUUUCAUAUCCAAAAAUGACUGACGUUUAGUUCGGCAAAAUUUAAAAUUUUAGUAAUACAAUGAAGUAUGAGUUUAUCAUGCUGUUCUUAUUAUAAAACAAUACGUUUCCGACCAUCAUGUAAUCUUUGUGAACCGUGUCCUCCGAGUCGUUCAAGUGUAUGCAAACCUCGUUGUUAUCCAUGUGAACCUUGUGUACCAUGUUCUCCUGAACGAACACAAUCUACAAAAAUCUCCGAUUUUCCUUCAACAAGUGGAGCCGGAAUUUCAAUAGAUAAAAAAGAUCAGAAGGAUUCUACUGGAAAAGCAGGUGGACGAACUGGAAGUGGUCGAACAGGUAGUGGACGUGCUGGAGCAAGAACUGGCUCUGGAAGAGGAGGGGGCGGCAGACGGGGCAGAAGAGGAAGCAAAGGGGGUGGCCCUGAAGGUACCGCUGGUGGCGGUAGAAGUGGGGGUCCCGGCGGCGGAGUUGGUGGCGGACCUGGGGGUGGCCACGGUGGCGGCCCUGGUGGAGGAUAUGGGAGUUUAGGUGGGGGCCCUGGAGGUGGAUAUGACGGUCCUGGUGGGGGGUAUGGUGGUCCAGCUGGAGGCCCUGGUGGGGGAUAUGGUGGCCCAGGUGGAGGAUAUGGUGGCCCUGCUGGGGGAUAUGGAAGUGCAGGAGGGGUUCCUGGUGGUUCUUUCGGCGGUCCUCCAGGUGGGGGUCCCGGUGGUGGAUAUGGAGGUGUAGGAGGGGGUCCUGGGGGUGCUUUUGGUGGUCAAGGUGGCAGAUAUGGUGCUCCAGGUGGUAGCUUUGGAGGUCCCGGUGGCGGCUUUGGGGGGUCUGGGGGUGGUUUUGGAGGCCCAGGCGGCGGAUUUGGAGGUGCAGGUGGUGGUUUUGGUGGUCCUGGAGGAGGCUAUGGAGGUAUGGGUGGUGGAAGUUUUGGUGGCCCUGGUGGAGGUUUUGGUGGCCCAGGGGGUGGCUUUGGGUACGGUUCUGGCGGCGGGGGUUUUGGUUAUGGAGCUGGAGGUGGAGGCAUGAUGUUGCCACCUUGUGCCCCUGGAUAUGCCGCCGCUAUGCGAGGAUUUGGAUCUGGCGGUGGUUUUCCACCUCCUCCUUCAUGUUCUCCAAGAAUUAGUAGCGCUGCUACUUACUCCUCAAGGUGUGCUAGUAAUAUAUUACCACCUAAUCAAGGAAACAGCAAAUGUAGCUGUUCUUAUGGCAUAUGUACUCCACAAAACACGUCUGGUAUGCGAUUUGGUUCUGGAAUGAGUACCAGAGACUAUAGCAAUGUGUGCAACAAUGCAUCAAGUUACUUUGGUAGUGGACGUAAUAAUUACGCUAGUUUUGGUACUCCUGGAGGAGGUUAUGGGGGCAUAAGAGAGGGUUUCGGAGGCCCUGGAGAAAAUAUAGGCAUGCCACCGCAGACAUGUACAGUCAAAAGACCACCAACACCUAUUUCUUCAUAUCAAUCAUAUAAAGUGUGUGGUACUUGUGGAAGUGUCGUACAAAAUGUCUGCACGAGACAGGAGGAUACUUCACUAGGACCCUCUAGGAUACUGUGCCCACGUCAUAGAAAAAAGGAAACUAGCAAGAACUCUUUUUUGUGUACACCUAGAAGAUGAUUAUUAUUAACCUUAAGUUGUCCUGUAAGAACAAGUCUAGAAAUAAAUGUUUGAAACCAA